CCUGGACCCUGUGCUAGCUGCAGCUCAAGGAGGAGGCGGAGGAGGAGGCAAGAGCGCGGGAUGGGCGCUGAGGGGGAUCCGUGAUCCCGCGCUUCCCCGCCCCACGCGCGCGCGCGCACACACACGCACACUCUCUCACACACACACGCACACACACACUCGCACAAACACACGCGUACACGCCCGCGCCGCGCGCUCGCCGGUUGGAUCUCCCACGCAGGCGGAAUGCAGCAGAGCCCGGGGAGCGGGUCUCCGACCGCUGCUUGAAUGCACCUCGCUGCCGGGAGCCGGACGGCCCAGUAGGGCGCACGGGAGGAGGCUCCGCCGAGAGAGCCUGGACGGUUUAAGACGGUGCAGCCUUGCUACAUGUUGUAAGAAAUGGCUGUAGGAAACAACACUCAACGAAGUUAUUCCAUCAUCCCGUGUUUUAUAUUUGUUGAGCUUGUCAUCAUGGCUGGGACAGUGCUGCUUGCCUACUACUUCGAAUGCACUGACACUUUUCAGGUGCAUAUCCAAGGAUUCUUCUGUCAGGACGGAGACUUAAUGAAGCCUUACCCGGGGACAGAGGAAGAAAGCUUCAUCACCCCUCUGGUGCUCUAUUGUGUGCUGGCUGCCAGCCCAACUGCUAUCAUUUUUAUUGGUGAGAUAUCCAUGUAUUUCAUAAAGUCAACCAGAGAAUCUCUGAUUGCCCAGGAGAAAACAAUUCUGACCGGAGAAUGCUGUUACCUGAACCCUUUACUCCGAAGGAUCAUAAGAUUCAUAGGGGUAUUUGCUUUUGGGCUUUUCGCUACUGACAUUUUUGUAAACGCCGGACAAGUGGUCACGGGGCACCUGACGCCGUACUUCCUGACGGUGUGCAAGCCCAACUACACCAGCGCAGACUGCCCGGCACACCAACAGUUCAUCAACAACGGGAACGUCUGUACUGGGGACCUGGAAGUGAUAGAGAAGGCUAGGAGGUCCUUUCCCUCCAAACAUGCUGCUCUGAGCAUUUACUCCGCCUUAUACGCCACGAUGUACAUCACAAGCACAAUCAAGACGAAAAGCAGUCGACUGGCCAAGCCAGUGCUGUGCCUCGGGACCCUCUGCACAGCCUUCCUGAUGGGCCUCAACCGGGUCUCUGAGUAUCGGAACCACUGCUCCGAUGUGAUCGCGGGCUUCAUCCUGGGCACUGCUGUAGCCCUGUUUCUGGGAAUGUGUGUGGUCCAUAACUUUAAAGGAACACAAGGAUCUCCUUCCAAACCCAAACCCGAGGACCCCCGUGGAGUACCCCUAAUGGCUUUCCCAAGGAUAGAAAGCCCUCUGGAAACCUUAAGUGCACAGAAUCACUCUGCCUCUAUGACCGAAGUUACCUGAAACGGCUGACGUGUCACAAGCUGUUUUUUUUUUUUAAAUCACCCUCCAAUUCAAUACUUCAAGGCACACAGUUACUUGAUGUCAAACUGUGAAGACAAGUAUUAUGUUUAUCUAGUUAGAGGCUAAUGUUUUGUACAUUUUUUGUAUGAGGAAGUGAUGUAGCUUGCCCUGAUUUUUUUUUUUUUUUAGUCAGCUUUAAUAUAUUUAUGCCAGAAUUUUAAACAAAAUUUUCUUCUUGUUCAGGUGUGCAUUGAAGAACCACAUUUAUUCAAUGGUUGAUGUUGUUUUGUGAUAUUUGUACACAAACCUUCUUUUCUCAGUUUUAUAGACACUGAAAUGAAAUGAUUCACUUUAAUCUUUUAUUAUCACAGUUGCUGCCUCCUCCAGAAUUUUUGAAUUUAAAAAAAAAAAAAACUUCUUAGUUGCAGGGAAGACACUCUUGGUUUAUGGUAAAUCGCAAAGUCAAUUGUGUAGAAAGAAGUAUUACUUUGAAAAAGAACUUUUUCUGAUUUCUUAACAUGUGAUUGCAUUCUAAGUUUAAGUAACAUAUUAAUAAAAUCAGCUAAGUUACAUAAACAAUGGCAGGAAAUCCUGGAUUUGAGGAAUGUUGGGUAUGAUUCUUAGGUAAUGGCCUCUCCUGGUUAAGAAAUUCAAGAUCUUUCUGCAAUUAUGUCUUUGGGCUGGCAGGUGACACUGCAGCCUUCUUUCCCCAAAAAACUGCCAGUACCAGCCUCCCGUCAACUCAGUUUUGUAGAUCAUAUUGUAUGGACUUUAUAUGAAAAUGAAUAUUUUACAGUUUGCACAGUAUUAUUUUGCAGAAAGAGUAUCAGAGCAUCUACAACCUAGAGCCCCAGAGCAACAGCUUGACUUUGUGGCUUUUAAUUGUUCCAGAAUUUUAACUGCAUCACAUUUUUCUAGCAUGGUAAUAACUAAUGUGUAACUUCCUUGCGAGCAGGAGCUCCCUUGUCUGUAUCUCUCAGAAUGUUUUCUCAACACUUCCAUGUUGGUUCUUCUUAGCUUUUUUUGUACAUAUUUUUUUUCUAAAGAAAAAAGUUAUCACAAAACGUA